AUGGCUGCCGAUCCCGUCAAGGUGCGCCUUCAGUCCAACGAUAACGCUGUUAUCGAGGUCGAGAAGAAGGUCGCCGAGCGCUCGCUCUUGAUCAAGAACAUGCUGGAGGAUCUCGGCGAGACCGCCAUCUCGCAGACCAUCCCCAUCCCCAACGUCACCGAGCCCGUUCUGCGCAAGGUCAUUGAGUGGUGUGAGCACCACAAGGAGGAUCCCCCGCCGACUAACGAUGACGAAUCCGACAACCGCAAGAAGACCACCGAGAUCGAGGAGUGGGACCAGAAGUUCAUGCAGGUCGACCAGGAGAUGCUGUUCGAGAUCAUUCUGGCCUCGAACUACCUUGACAUCAAGGCCCUCCUCGACGUUGGCUGCAAGACUGUCGCCAAUAUGAUCAAGGGCAAGUCUCCCGAGGAGAUCCGCAAGACGUUCAACAUCACCAACGACUUCACCCCCGAGGAGGAGGAGCAGAUCCGCCGCGAGAACGAGUGGGCCGAGGAUCGAUAG